UUCUCUGCCAUAAAAGGCUACUGUACAUAGACUCCACUGUUCGGUGAAGUAUAGGCCAUGCGGCCAUAAACUCUGUCUGUACUUUUAAGUGGAUGAUUGCAACCGCACAAUACACACAGCUCUCUGCCUAAUCUUUUUCAUGAAAGUGUUGUUGUGGUCUACAAUUAUUUUCACGCGACUUGCUGUAGCAGGAGCUAAAGUGAUCUGUACAUUGAAAGGCCUUCAGUAAUGGCAUACUUGGAGUUGGAAGGUUCAUUUGGGGAACUUUCUCGGAUCUGUGAAGGGGAACUUGAUUUGGGGUCUCCGUGCAUCCAAAGAACUAUAAUAGAUGUCAUAAAUUUGGUAUUCCUUGGGGUCUUCUAUCUAAUUUUGUUGCUGGGUUCUAUCAGAAAACAUCAAUUCAGCGGUAGCAGGAGAAGGGACUGGAUAUUUGUCGUGGUUUCCGUAUGUUGUGCUCCAAUUAGCACUACCUAUUUUGGUGUUGCAUUAUGGAAUCUAAUAGCUGAAAGCAAGAGGCUUAAUCAUUUAAGAUGUUUGGUUUACAUUGUUAGAGGAGUAGUUUGGGCGUCAAUUGCAAUUUCCUUGCUUGUUAAAAAAACCAAAUGGGUUAGAAUCUUUGUCACUGUUUGGUGGGUGUCGUUUUCUUUAUUGGAAUCAGUUGUAAAUGUAGAAGUUCUAGCAAAAUCACAUGGCAUCCUAGUUCUUGACAUGCUACCAUGGCCUGUCAACUUUGUGCUUCUAUUUUGUGCUUUUAGAAAUUUCAGUCAUUUUUCUUCUCAACAAGAAUCCCAAAAGAGCCUAUCUGAACCUCUAUUAGCUGAAAAGGAGGUAAAGAAUCGAUCAAAACUAGCUCAGGCAAGUUUUUUUAGCAAAUUGACAUUUUCUUGGAUUAAUCCUUUGCUUAAGUUAGGCAACUCAAAACCAUUAGAUCUUGAAGAUAUUCCUUCUCUAAUUGCUGAAGAUGAAGCUGGUAUAGCCUACCAAAAAUUUUCAAAUGCAUGGGAUUCAUUCGUAAGAGAAAAGAAUCCAAACAGUACCAGAAACUUGGUGCUUGAGACCGUGACAAAAGUACAUUUCAAAGAAAAUAUACUCCUAGGUGUAUAUGUUUUGCUUAGAACAGUUGCAGUAACAGUUCCUCCUCUAUUGUUGUAUGCUUUUGUAAAUUACUCCAAUCUUGAUCAGCAGAAUCUUUAUCAAGGCCUUUCUAUAGUAGGGUGUCUAAUUCUUGUAAAGUUAGUUGAGUCCUUAUCUCAAAGGCAUUGCUUUUUCCUUUCAAGACAAUCAGGAUUGAGAAUGAGAUCAGCUUUAAUGGUGGCAAUCUACCGAAAGCAGCUCAAACUUUCAAGUUUGGGAAGAAGAAGACACUCAACUGGUGAGAUUGUGAAUUACAUUGCAGUGGAUGCUUACAGAAUGGGUGAAAUGCCUUGGUGGUUUCAUUCAACAUGGGGUCUUGUGGUGCAACUUUUUUUAUCCAUUGCGAUCCUUUUUGGUGUUGUUGGUCUUGGAGCUCUUGCCGGACUAGUCCCUCUCCUAAUAUGUGGACUUCUCAAUGUUCCAUUUGCAAGAUUUCUGCAGAAAUGUCAAUUUGAAUUUAUGAUUGCUCAAGAUGAACGUCUCAGAGCUACUUCUGAGAUCCUGAACAGCAUGAAAGUCAUCAAGUUGCAAUCAUGGGAAGAGAAGUUUAAGAGUUUGAUUGAAUCUCGCCGAGAAAAAGAAUUCAAAUGGUUGGCUGAGGCGCAGUUUAAGAAGCCAUAUGGUACUCUCUUAUAUUGGUUAUCUCCAACAAUAAUUUCUUCAGUUAUCUUCUUUGGAUGUGCACUUUUCAGGAGUGCCCCAUUGGACGCUAGCACAAUCUUCACGGUUCUUGCGACAUUGAGGUGCAUGUCGGAGCCCGUAAGAAUGAUACCUGAGGCUCUAUCUGUGAUGAUCCAAGUCAAGGUUUCUUUUGAUAGAAUCAAUAAAUUUCUGCUUGAUGAUGAACUCAGGAAUGAAAGUUUAAGAACAAUUCCAUCUCAUAACUCAGUCGAAAGUGUUACAAUUCGAGGAGGUAAAUUCAGUUGGGAUCCUGAGCUAAUAAAGCCAACUUUGCGAGAAGUAAACUUGAAUAUCAAAUGGGGGCAAAAAUUUGCUAUUUGCGGCCCAAUUGGUGCUGGAAAAUCAUCACUCUUAUCUGCUAUACUUGGGGAGAUACCUAAAAUCUCAGGAAAUGUAAAUGUAUUUGGAUCCACUGCCUAUGUUUCUCAAACUUCAUGGAUUCAAAGUGGAACUAUUCGUGAUAACGUACUUUAUGGAAAGCCAAUGGAUCAGGCCAAAUAUGAGAAGGCCAUAAGAGCAUGUGCUUUAGACAAGGACAUUAAUAGUUUGAAUCAUGGAGAUCUCACAGAAAUAGGCCAGAGAGGACUUAAUAUGAGUGGUGGACAGAAGCAAAGGAUUCAACUUGCUCGCGCUGUCUAUAAUGAUGCUGAUAUCUACCUUCUUGAUGAUCCUUUCAGUGCAGUAGAUGCACAUACUGCUGCAACUCUAUUCAAUGACUGUGUCAUGACUGCUCUAGAGAACAAAACUGUCGUACUAGUUACUCACCAAGUUGAGUUCCUCUCAUCUGUCGAUAGAAUUCUGGUUAUGGAGGCUGGGCAAAUUACUCAAUCAGGAAGCUAUGAAGAACUAUUGAUAUCUGGGACAGCAUUUGAACAACUAGUGAAUGCUCAUAAAGAUUCAAUAACAGCAUUAGGACAAUCAAAUGAUCAAUGUCAAGGAGAUUCUCUGAAGGUAAAUACAGUUAGUCCAGAGGCAGAAAAGCCUGCUAAAGGAAACAGUGAAGGUGAGAUUUCUAUGAAGGGUGUUCCAGGAGUGCAGCUAACAGAAGAAGAAGAGAAAGAGACUGGUGAUUUAGGAUUGAAGCCAUUCCUUGAUUAUAUUCUUGUCUCAAAGGGAGUGUUUCUUGUAUGCCUAUGUAUAUUAUCUUCAACUGGUUUUGUUGUUCUUCAGGCUGCAGCAACUUAUUGGCUAGCAUAUGCCAUCCAAAUUCCUAAAUUUAGUAGUGGCGUUUUGAUUGGAGUUUACACUCUGAUAUCAACAGUUAGUGCUGUUUUUGUAUAUUUGAGGUCUUUCUUUACAGCCCAUCUUGGAUUAAGAGCUUCUAAAUCCUUCUUCUCUGGCUUCACCAAUUCAAUUUUUAGAGCUCCUAUGCUCUUCUUUGAUUCUACUCCAGUUGGACGGAUUCUGACUCGUGCUUCAUCAGAUUUAAGUGUAUUGGAUUUUGACAUCCCUUUCUCCUUUACUUUUGUGGUGGCUCCUCUUAUAGAGCUUCUAGGAAUUAUUGGAAUUAUGGCAUCAGUCACAUGGCAAGUUCUCAUAGUAGCCAUCAUAGCUAUAGUAGGUUCAAAAUAUGUUCAGGACUAUUAUUUAGCCUCUGCAAGAGAACUGAUAAGGAUCAAUGGUACGACAAAAGCCCCUGUGAUGAAUUAUGCAGCUGAGACAUCACUUGGUGUAGUGACAAUAAGAGCUUUCAAAAUGGUGGAUAGGUUCUUUCAAAACUACAUAAAACUUGUAGACAAUGAUGCUGUACUUUUCUUCCAUUCCAAUGUGGCCUUGGAGUGGCUAAUUUUGAGGAUAGAGGCACUGCAGAAUGUGACCUUAUUUACUGCUGCUCUUCUGCUAGUUCUGCUUCCAAAAGGCAUUGUAGCUCCAGGACUUGUAGGGCUUUCCUUGUCUUAUGCAUUAUCACUUACUGGGACACAAGUUUUCAUGUCUCGUUGGUAUUGCAACUUAUCAAACUACAUGAUAUCCAUAGAACGAAUGAAGCAGUUCAUGCACAUUCCAACAGAACCUCCAGCAAUCGUGGAGGACAAAAGGCCACCACCUUCUUGGCCUUCUAAUGGUAGGAUAGAGCUUCAAGAACUGAAGAUAAGAUACCGUCCAAAUGCUCCACUGGUUCUUAAAGGAAUCAACUGCACAUUCAAGGAAGGGACAAGAGUAGGAGUUGUGGGAAGAACUGGCAGCGGCAAAACCACGUUGAUCAGUGCUUUGUUUCGCUUAGUAGAGCCUGCAGGCGGCCAAAUCCUUAUAGAUGGACUUGACAUAUGCUCCAUUGGUCUUAAAGAUUUGAGGACAAAGCUUAGCAUCAUACCUCAAGAACCAACACUUUUCAGGGGCAGCAUUCGGUCUAACUUGGAUCCUUUAGGCCUGUAUUCUGAUUAUGAAAUAUGGGAGGCUUUAGAGAAGUGCCAGCUUAAGCAGACAAUCAGCAGCCUUCCUAAUCAGCUAGACUCAUCAGUGAGUGAUGAAGGUGAAAAUUGGAGUGCUGGACAACGGCAACUGUUUUGUCUAGGAAGAGUCCUUUUAAGGAGAAACAAAAUUCUAGUACUAGAUGAAGCUACUGCUUCAAUUGACUCUGCUACUGAUGCAAUUUUACAAAGAAUUAUCAGACAAGAAUUCUCAGGAUGUACAGUUAUUACUGUGGCUCAUAGAGUUCCAACUGUUAUAGACAGUGACAUGGUCAUGGUCCUCUCUUAUGGAGAAUUAUUGGAAUAUGAUGAACCUUCAAAGCUGAUGGAGAUUAAUUCUAGCUUCUCUAAGCUUGUAGCAGAAUAUUGGUCAAGUUGCAGAAGAAACUCUAACAAGACCUUUGAUAAUUAUUAAUUAUUAAUUAACAUUUGCAGUAUGGAAUCUCAUAUCUCCAAUGCAAAAUAGGGGAUGUAAAAACCUUAUUUUUGGGAAUAACCUUACGUGAUUUAUAUUAAGGAAUAUGUAAUACCAAAAUCUAAUUUUUAAUAAAUCAGUUUAAGUGUCAUUUUGAAUAUA